AUGGCCAAGUUUCUAAAGAUCACCUUCUACGAGGAUAGGAACUUCCAGGGUCGCUCCUAUGAGACCAGCAGCGACUGUGCUGAGCUGACCUCCUACCUGAGCCGCUGCAACUCCUGCAGGGUGCAGAGUGGCUGCUUCAUGGUCUAUGACCGCUCCAACUUCAUGGGGAACCAGUACUUUGUGAGGCGGGGCGAGUAUUCCGACUACCAACAUAUGGGCUUGAGUGAUUGUUUCAGGUCCUGUCGCAUGAUUCCAAUGCACAGAGGGCCAUACAGAAUUAGGAUCUAUCAGAGGGACAACUUCGGAGGCCAGAUGUAUGAGAUCAUGGAUGACUGUGACUCCUUUAUGGAACGUUAUCACAUGUCCGACAUCCAGUCCUGCCACGUGAUGGACGGCCACUGGCUGAUGUAUGAGCAGCCUCACUACAGAGGCAAGAUAGCAUAUCUGAGGCCUGGAGAGUACAGGAGCUACAGAGAGAUGGGCCUGAGCUCCAACAUGAGGUUCAGGUCUAUGAGACGCAUCAUGGAGUCCUGUUAG